AUGUCGGAUACAGCCAAUGUGCUGGUCCAAGCAGGACCAAGCAGGCGAGAGCGACAGGCAGAUCCGCUCGAGGCGCGACUGGCGAUGGCCGAAAAGGAAGUUGCAUUAGCUCUUGACACCUCCGAUCACGAAGAGCUAAUUGCUCUGGCUACAGAAGCUCUCAACGCAAAAUCCGAAGAGAUGGCACCCAGCAAAGCAGUCAUCAAGUCUCGCAAGAAUCUCCUGUGGGCUCGGUCGCAUACUUAUCAUCAACAGAAUCUACACGAAUUGGCGCUCAAGGACGCAAAGGCUGCCCUGAAGUUAGAUCCCGAAGAUACUGCUGCUUACCUUCGAGCUGCGACUCUGCUGGGUAGCACCGGUCAUAAGGCACAGGCGUUCAGCUGUCUCAACAGGGCGCAGUCUCUAUGCUCUAAGUAUGAUUCAGCCACCAGGGCGCUGUGGCUGCGGAGGAUCGACAAGCAUCGGCGCAAACUCUCCGGUACCGAACGUUGCCUUGUCGAGCGUCUUCCCAACGAGAUUCUGGUUGAGGUGGCGCUGUACCUUGACAUGCCCGACCGAACAUUGAUGAGCCAGGUAUGUAGCUCAUGGCGUCAUACUUUAACCUCGGCUUCCUGUCUUUGGAGUUCAAUCACGCUCAACAAGAUUGGCAAGAAACUGGGUCCACAGAAAGCCGAAGAUCUGUUGCUCUACAUCAUUAUGCGCGUGCAGAGAGCCAACUACGCACUCCAAACCAUCAUUUUCGAGGACAUCUUUCCAUUCCCGUUUCUCAAACAGGUCUACCGACUUUUGCGAGCAUUUUCGAAAAGCCUGCAUCGCAUACAGAUCCCCUGUAACGAUCACAAGGCAUCAUACGACGAAUUGUACCGCCACUGUCCUCAGCUGAAAUGCCUUGUGCUUUCCUCUCCCAGGGGCAGAUCCAUGCCCUUGUCGCGAUUUGAUUCGGAUAUGUCUUGGCACAUACCCACCGUCGACGAGUCCGUCGAAGAAAAAGGAGCAGAGCGUUUCUUCCUUGAAGAAUUCAGCGUCGACGAGAACUGGUUCCCUUGCGAGCUCAGCAGGCACUUUCACAAGUUGCGCGUCUUGAAGGGACACAACCCUUUCGUGUUUGUCAAGCAAUUGCAUCACACGAGUUUUGACCACGAGCAGAUGGUCCGAGGCUUAAUCGAGCACCUUGAAGAAUGGGUUUAUUGUCACAGCUUUCCAUCGGGGUCUCUGCUGUCGCAACCCGUCGCAGCGACGUUUCCGAAGCUGAAGAGGUUAGCAAGCUUCCAGCUUAGCUCGGAAUUUCCGAUCAAGCUCACCUGUCCGAACCUGCUCGAUUUUCAGAUCAUAUAUAAUGGUAUAGAGGCCGAGGGUGCAACAGAGCUAGCCCGAAUGCUGACAACCAGCCCGAAACUGCGCAAAUUACAAAUUCGGCCGUUCGACUUCAGUCGAGCUCAUAGCCAGAUAUGCCGAGCCAUGAGUGGCCUUCACGAUCUGGAGUGGCUCGACCUGGGCUUAGCCUUGACCGAAUCCGAACUUGUCACGCUUCUGGCACCUCAGAACGCAACUUCGGGUCUCUCUGUCCCAUUUCCAAAAUUGCACACCUUGAUCGUAAAAGUAUGGCGCACAGAUUUGACCAUGCUGACCUCCGCUCUCCUGGCUCGCGAAUAUCUGCGAACUGGACACGCCUGGGAGACUGCAAGGCAGAUGGCUACUGAGCUUGUAACUCGACCAAUCAAGCACGUACAAGUGGUUACCCCGUUUCAGAGAGGCUCGAGGUCGGUGAACGCAACGGUGCCAGCCGAAAAUUCGGAAUCCCCUCGUCUCAAAGACGCUCCAGAUUGUACCCGUUUGCGCCGCUUGGAAGUGUCGGUCGCCGAUGCCGAUGUUCCCAAACACCUCCUGUUGGCGCUCGAUAGCGUUGUCGAUGACCUAGUCAUCACGUUUGAACCAAUCUAG